CCGAAAUAAAAAAUAAGAAGAAGUCAUCAAACUGCGACAUACACACUUCGGGUUGACAAGCGCCACAUUUUAUCCUGUGAGUCCUUUAGGAGAAACCUUGAUGCACCAUGAGCUUAUUUGGAACCACCUCCGGUUUUGGAACAGGAGGGACGGGUGUCUUUGGAAGCACGACAACAGACAGCCAUAAUCCUAUGAAGGAUGUUGAAGUGACUUCACCGCCAGAUGACAGCAUCAGUUGUCUGGCUUUCAGUCCCCCCACAAUGCCAGGAAACUUCCUUAUUGCAGGAUCCUGGGCUAAUGAUGUUCGGUGUUGGGAGGUGCAGGACAAUGGACAGACUGUCCCCAAAGCCCAACAGAUGCACACAGGUCCAGUGCUGGAUACCUGCUGGAGCGAUGAUGGGAGUAAAGUCUUCACUGCUUCUUGUGACAAGACAGCCAAAAUGUGGGAUCUUAACAGCAAUCAAGCAAUGCAGAUUGCGCAGCAUGAUGGUCCAAUAAAAUCAAUCCACUGGAUAAAAGCCCCCAAUUACAGCUGUGUUAUGACUGGUAGCUGGGAUAAAACACUGAAGUUCUGGGACACUCGUUCGCCAAAUCCCAUGAUGUCCCUGCAGAUGCCUGAGAGAUGCUACUGUGCAGAUGUUGUGUAUCCCAUGGCAGUGGUUGCCACAGCUGAGAGAGGCCUUAUAGUGUAUCAGCUGGAGAACCAACCAUCUGAGUUCCGCAGAAUAGACUCUCCGCUCAAACAUCAGCACCGCUGCGUUGCUAUAUUCAAGGACAAGCAGAACAAACCAACGGGUUUUGCUUUGGGAAGCAUUGAGGGGCGAGUAGCGAUCCACUACAUCAAUCCUCCAAACCCAGCCAAAGAUAAUUUUACCUUCAAGUGCCACAGGUCCAAUGGAACCAACACAACCACUCCACAGGAUAUCUAUGCUGUGAAUGCCAUCUCUUUCCAUCCUGUCCACGGCACGUUGGCCACUGUGGGCUCAGAUGGACGCUUCAGCUUCUGGGACAAAGACGCACGCACCAAGUUGAAGACGUCAGAGCAGCUCGACCAGCCCAUCACAGCUUGCUGCUUCAACCAUAAUGGCAACAUUUUUGCCUACGCUUCCAGUUACGACUGGUCGAAGGGCCACGAGUACUACAAUCCGCAAAAAAAGAACUACAUCUUUUUGAGGAACGCUGCAGAGGAGCUGAAGCCUCGGAACAAGAAAUGAUUCGUCGUGCCAAGUCGCAUCUGUUGUGAGGAAAUGCAGAAGACCUGCUGCUUUAGUUUGUGUGUAUGUGCUCGAGACAGCCUCCUUCCUUUCGGCAAACACCUGGACCAAUGCCGUGGCGCUGUGUGCUGUGCAUGGACCAAUCAAAGGGGCCGACCCAACCUGGUGUUGAUGACAGCUGCUUGACAUUUGGUCUUAGAAGUCAUCAUAGAAGGGGAGGGUUUUAUUUGUGAUUCAUUUUGAUGUUUGAAUUGUUUUUUUAUGUCUAGCUUUUUUUCUACAUCUUUCCAAAGGUUUAUCAUUCUCUUGUUAUUUGCUGUUAUGAUAUAGCUUCAUUAAAGAAAACUUGGGCUGUAAUUGAAAUAUGUGCAUACAUUUAGAGUCCACCAUGUUUAUUCCAUCUUAAAAUCUUAAGGGAGAUAGGUUUAAAAAAGACUCGUGUUUACUGUAUAGGUGUCUCUUUGGGAUUAAAAAAACUGUAUUGUGCAUGCAAAAACAUCACCUACAGUCUUCACCACCAUCUAAUAUAUCAGCUGUUUAUCUCACCGUGUAGGUCUCUGACUUUUGAAUCAUCAUAAAUUUCAACUUUGAACAUCA